AUGAUGCCAUAUCGGACACUGGAAGAUAGUGGUUAUUAUAAAUUAGUACGUGAGGCUGAUGAUUCUGAAAUAUUUCAUUUAUAUGUUGAAAUCACAAAAGGACGAAAUCGUGGUCAUUUCAAAAUGCUGACAAAUUCGAUGGAAUGUGAAUUUUUAUUAACGGUGGCUUUGGAGAAGAUGCGUGAUUCUGGUAUUAUCACUAUUGUAAAAGAUUUAAAAGAUGCAGCUGAUACAGCCAAUUUGUUUAUUGCCAGAGAACAUUGUGAAUUUAUUAAUCGUUGUGUAAUUGCAAAUGUUGCCAUCUCAACGACAACAACAACGGAAUUGUACGAUGUAACGAAAUUGGGCCACGGUAAAAAACAAAAAACAAAACAGAAAAAACAACAAGCAGCGGCAGCAGAUCGUAAACCAGCAACGACAAAAACAAAGAAAACUGUUGUUUCUACGUCAAAAUGUUUAGCAACGUCGGCUGCUGAUGAAGAAGACGACGCUGAAGCAGUCGCAAAACCAGUGGCUAAUACUACACGAUUAGUACCAAAAUUACGUCUAUGUCCAAUAACAGUCGAUGUUGGUACAAAACAAUUGGGUGGUAAUUUUCAGAAAUCUGCGACCAGCAGUUCAUCGGAUAAAAAGAAACGAAAACAAGAUGAUGA